UUUGUCGUAACCAGUGUUGUUUUAACUCACACAAGCAAAAUGCUAGAAAAAUUAACUAUAUACCAAUCUUACAACCAUUUUUAACUAGCAGUCUUCUCUCUCUCUCUCUGCAAAUCCAAAUUCACACAAGCCCUAAGUUAUUUUCUCCGCCGUUCUACACCAUCAAUGUGGCGGCCGUGGCGCAAAUCGUCGGUUAAGACGCACAAAACAUACUCUCCCACCGCCUCUUUCUCCUUCAAAGACAUCCACCACCUCUGCACAGACGACUCCUCUUCUCUCCCUUCUUCUCCCUCUCUUUCCAGAGUUUUUCACAGAGUCUGCGCUGCCAACUUGAUCCUCCGCUCCUGGCCAACUCCUCCGUCUAACCACCUCCUCCGCGCAGACUCCGAGCCUGUCACUCUACGGCGGAAUCAUGAACCAGAUGUUAUACAGAUCUCCAUCCCCGGCGCGGAGAACAGCAUCGUCGUCUACUUCACCAGCCUCCGCGUCGUUCGUCCCACGUUCGAGGACUGCCGAGCAGUCACGACGAUCCUCCGCACCUUCCCCGUGCGAAUCGACGAGCGAGAUCUCUCAAUGGACGCGUCUUACGCGGCGGAGCUGGAGCGGAUCUUCUUCGGCGGGAAGAAAGAUCUUCCGAAGCUGCCGCGCGUGUUUAUCGGCGGACGGUACGUCGGGGGAGCGGAGGAGGUGAUACAGCUUCACGAGACCGGGGAGCUGAAGAAGCUCGUACAAGAGUUGCCGAGGGUUGAGCGAGGGGUUUGCGAGAUGUGCGGCUGUUAUAGGUUCGUACCGUGCAACGACUGUCACGGUAGUCAUAAGGUGUAUACGGAGAAGUUAGGGUUUAGAACAUGCUCGACGUGCAACGAGAACGGUCUCGUCAGGUGUUCGUCUUGUUCGUAUUCCCGUCUCAGGGCUGGUUCCUAGAUUUUUUUUUUUUGUUAUAAUUCUAUUGGGAAAUUGGAGUAUUUAAAAGUAUUUGUUUUAUCUAUUUUAGAAGUUUCCAUAUUUGUAAAAUUCGAAAUGGGAAGUGGUAGCUUUCAGCUUGUCUUUAGAUAGUUAGAUUCGUGUUAGAUUAAAUGUGAAAUGAA